AUGUAAGGUAUUGACUAUGAUGUGAUCGAAUAUUUCCAAUAUGAAAAUUCUGGAUAGCUCUUUUGGGAACAUAAUUUAAACCAAAUAGGCACUAUGGAAUAUAUACCUAAUGAAAAAUGGAUUAAAUACACAAUAAAUUUGAGGAAUUGUUUUCGCUUAAGGGAUUUAAUGUUUUGGAUUUAAAAAGGACUGGUACUAAUGUCAAUAGAAUAGAUCUUGAGAUUAUGCAGCCAUUUGCUUACUAAAGUUGCCGAGUUAAAAUAAAAUGAAUUAAAUCAUUUUUAUUUAACAUCUGAUAGAAUAUGGUUAAUACUUCGAUAAAAAAGCCAACUACUCACUAUUACUUUUGUUGACAUUUAAUAUGAUAUUGCAUUUACAGGGUUUCAGUGCCCAAUUUUUCAAUCUGAAUCAUAAAAGUAGGAUGCUUCUAUUUCUAUUUUAACUAUAAUCAAUUAAUUAAUUCAACACUUUUAGACUUCUUUGAAAGUAUCAAAAGAAACUUAAUAAUUUUAUAGCCAUAUUUUUAAAUCUUUGGGUUAGCAUAAAGAUUUUGUCUAAGCAAGGUCUGAGAUUGACGAAUUAUUAAAAUAUUAUUCAAGAUUUCCAAAUUAUGACACUUAUUGUUAGGAAUUUUCAUAACAAUAUAAUUAAAGAGGAAUACAUGCAUGUGACGUAGGAAAUUAUUUAUUUGAAAUUGUAUCUCUUUCUGAUCCAUACGAGUGUUUUAUUAAGGAAGAUUGUAUUUUUGGAAUGAUCUCACUAAUUGGCAUCAGCAUAAGGGAGAAUCAUUUAAAAGCAUUAAAGGAUCAACGACAUUAGAUAUUGCUAUAAGACUAAAAAAAAUAUUGGGAAGAAUUUAUAAGAAUAUCAUUGUAAAAUAAUAUACUUAAUUAAAUACGAGAAAUAUUUGAAUAACUUUCAUAGUAUGCUAAACUUGAAAUCUCAAAAGAAGAUGAACAAAUGAUGAUCGAUCAAAUUCUUUCAGAAAUAAAAAAUACUUGUAUCUUAAAAUAUUUUUUUAAUUCUUAUUGGGUUAGACAUGCUGAAAAGUAUAAAGAGUAGUUUAUAAAAAAUCUUUUUCCGAUAUAGAAAUAGAUUACGAAUUUGAGAGUGAAGUUAUGGAUUUAAGAAAUGAGUUUACAAUUUGUAAAUUAAUUGAUUUGA